CAGAGGGAGGAGCGCAUCAAACUGUCAGAGGACAAGCAAGGAGGGAGAAAAGGAAAGAAGUGUGGAAUUUCUUAUCAAAUGCGCAUAAAUUAAUAUAAUUUAGGCAUGAUUAGAGGGAUUUAUGAUUUAAGUCAGGCGGAGUUUGUUAGUGGAUGAAAUAGCUAUGAGGACCAAGGAAAAGUAAGACGCAGAGCCAGACAGCAGCUGACGGGACAAGCUGGAAGUUUACAAAGCGAGAAUCAUCCCGCAGGUCUCCUUGCCUAAGUUAAGGUAUCUGUCGAUGAUGUGCUUCCAUCUGGGAUUUACGUGAUCGGGACCUUGAGUCAGUGUAUGCGGGACGCAAGCCUUUUCGUCUUUGUGGUUAUGAUUAAGAAUCUAUUUUAAAGCAUUUUUGUAUAAUUAUGACUUUAUGAAAGGAAUGAACAUUUGUUUUAAAAUUGUUUUAUUUUUCCCUGGAAAAUAUGGAUUUCUAUUUUAAAAGUCCAUGCCCUCUCUAAAAUUGAAUGGAUGUUUAAUUACCGAGUUCUCGUCGUAUGAAUCCAAAAUACCAAUAAUAGUUUUCCAGUGUGAAUAAUUCAUGAAACAGGGCACUCCAUCGAGGGCUGGAAAAAGUUACGGAAAUACAGGGAGGCGGAAUAACAAGUAGACUUGUUCGGGGUGGUAAGGGGGGGAUGGCCACAGCGGCUUCCAAUCCUUACCUGGCCAGCAACAGCAUUCUCUCCUCAUCAGGCUCGGUCGUGCACUCGGAUUCCGGAGGUGGCAUGCAGCCGGGAAGCGUUGCCGUGACUUCAGUGUCAGCCGGAUACAGAGGAGAUCCCGCGGGCAAAAUGGUGCAGAGCGAAUUUAUGCAAGGAGCCAUGGCGGCAAGUAACGGGGGCCACAUGCUAAGCCAUGCUCAUCAGUGGGUCACCUCACUGCCUCACGCUGCUGCCGCCGCCGCCGCCGCCGCGGCCGCGGCCGCUGCAGCCGAAGCCGGAUCGCCCUGGUCUACUAGUCCUGUGGGAAUGGCGGGCAGCCCGCAGCAGCAGGACGUCAAGAGCACUUCAAACCGAGACGAUAUGCAUUCCGGUUCUUCGCUGCACCACCGAGGUACUCAUGGAGCUCACCAGGCGCACCAAAGCGCAUGGGCUGACACCACGGCGGCGGCGCACAUCAGCACCAUCACGGCGGGCCAGCAGCAGUCUCAGCAGUCUCUCAUUUACUCUCAGCCAGGUGCGUUCACCGUCAAUGGGAUGUUAAAUCCCGCCAGUAGUUUGGUUCACCCCGGUCUGAUGCGCGGUGAAUCGCCGGAAAUGGACCACGGCAGCCACCAUCAUCACCACCACCACCAUCAUCAUCCCCACCAUCACCCCCACCAGCAGCAGCCGCACGCGCACCAUCCUCACGCGCAGCACCACGGCGGCGUGAACAGCCACGACUCGCACUCAGAUGAGGACACGCCGACCUCUGACGACCUCGAACAGUUCGCCAAGCAGUUCAAGCAGCGUCGCAUCAAGCUCGGGUUCACGCAGGCCGACGUCGGCUUGGCCCUUGGCACGCUCUACGGCAACGUUUUCUCACAGACCACCAUCUGCAGGUUCGAGGCGCUGCAGCUAAGCUUUAAAAACAUGUGCAAGCUCAAGCCACUGCUAAACAAGUGGCUGGAGGAGGCCGACUCGAGCACUGGCAGCCCUACAAGCAUCGACAAAAUAGCGGCGCAGGGCCGCAAGCGCAAAAAGCGCACCUCCAUCGAGGUGAGCGUAAAAGGGGCCUUGGAGAGUCACUUCCUCAAAUGCCCUAAACCUUCUGCACAGGAGAUCACCUCCCUGGCGGACAGUCUGCAGCUGGAAAAGGAGGUGGUUCGUGUUUGGUUCUGCAACCGGAGACAGAAGGAGAAGAGGAUGACACCGCCUGGUGUAGGCCAGACGCCGGAGGACGUGUACUCUCAGGUCGUCAACGUGAGUGCAGACACACCGCCCCCGUCCAUGGACUGCAAACGAGAGCUUUGUGGUAGAUUGCUUAAAAGAUGCAAGUUUGAAAGAUGAAGCCGACGACCAGGUGGACACAACCUCGAGCUCCUAUCGCCAACUCAUUUUGGUGCAUUGACAGCACAACCAUAAGCAAAAACCCAAACAGAUGUUUAUGGAUUGCUCUCGAGAGACAUGACUGAAAUGACUGACUUGAACUUGAACAGAACCAAAUGAAGACAAACGAACUGCGGCGCCGCUUUUCAAGCUGAGGAAUUCUUUUAUUCGUUUCAGCGAAAUCUAAUUGUUUUUAUGGCUAAAGUUCUCACCAGAAUCAUCUUUUUAUAAAGACUUGAUGUAUUACAAAAUACAGCUUUUCUAUUUCAUAGAUUUUCUUUUGUGGACCGGACUUCUGUGAAUAGUUUUCACACAGGAAAAGGAUUUUAAAAUGCACUUAUUCGUCUCUCAGCCCGUCCUCUCUGAGGACACCUUUUUUUUUUUUUGGUUUGGUUGAAUAAUUGUGUUCUUGAUCCCUUUUCCCUACUGCUAUUUCCAUGCAGUUUUGGCCGAUUUUUGAUAAGUCUGUAUAAAUUUGACAAUAUGAAUUCUCAGUGGUGAUUAACUUGCUUUAUAUUUUUUACUGGAAUCACACCUUUUGGAAUAUUUCAAGAAGUUCCCGAAAUGUUUUGAGAUGUGACCUUUCUCUUAUAGAAGUAGCAUUACUUCAUGUACACCCUUCUACUCUCCUGCUUUAAUUCCCAGAUCUAUACAGUUAGUAAGCUGCCACAGCGGUUAUUAAAAUGCCUACAGAACAGCACAUUGAUCAAUCUGAUAGGCUGACAAAUUUUUAUUUUUCCCUGUGAUUGUUAUUUAAGUUCAGUAUUGAUCCAGUCAGAGGUGA